ACCAUCAGCCACCGCAGCCACCACCUACCUCACAAAGAAAGACAGGUCAACCUCACCCAGGAGAAGAAGAGAGAGAAGCGAGAAGAUGUCGGGGCGCGGCAAGGGAGGCAAGGGGCUCGGCAAGGGCGGCGCCAAGCGCCACCGGAAGGUCCUCCGCGACAACAUCCAGGGCAUCACCAAGCCGGCGAUCCGGAGGCUGGCGCGUCGGGGCGGCGUGAAGCGCAUCUCGGGGCUCAUCUACGAGGAGACCCGCGGCGUGCUCAAGAUCUUCCUCGAGAACGUCAUCCGCGACGCCGUCACCUACACCGAGCACGCCCGCCGCAAGACCGUCACCGCCAUGGACGUCGUCUACGCCCUCAAGCGCCAGGGACGCACCCUCUACGGUUUCGGGGGCUAGGCCGCCACCACCACCAGAUUAGAGUGCCUAGGGUUCGUGGUCGUUGCUGUAAUCGCAGCAUCUCGCUGUUGUUCGCUAUCUUCUGUAGGAUCGAAUGGAAUUGAAAUUGGAGCAGUUUAUCGUUGAAUUUUGGAGUCUGGGUCUGUUGAUUCAUGAUAAAA